AUCUUAAAACGCAUUGCUAUUUACCAUUGGCAGAGAAUUCUACGUUUACAUUUCGGGAUCCACCGUCUGGUAGCCAUUUGGCAUCCUCAGCAUUUACAGCGUCUACAACCACUUCCAAGCUGCGAGUUUUUCCUGUAAACUAUAUUAGUACAACUGCAAGGCUGCGUCCUUCUGGUGCUUCUACUGGUGGUAGUAAUAUAAAAGGGUAUAUGGGUGCUGCUGCUGGAAUACAUCGAGCUGAGCGUCGCACUGUUUCUCCACUUCUGUGGAUGCAAAAUGUAAGGAUGGUCAAAUCCAGUGGAGAAGGUCAUACUGAUAAAGGUGUCCCAGCCAAUAUGCACGAAGAAAUGGUUGAAAUUGCACGAAAAUUCCCAAACGUAAAGGUUACUAAG